AUGAAUGAAAAUCCAUUUCGACUUGGUUCAAGUAAAGUCGAUUGGUGUGAACCAAAUUAUGUCGUUAGUGAACAUAUUGCUGAAUUUUGGAAUACAGUUUCCAAUAUUUUCUUCUUUUUGGUGCCACCGUUAAUGAUUUCUCUUUUUCGAUCAUAUUCAAAACGAGUAGCAAAUGGAAUAGCAAUUCUUUGGAUUUUAUUGAUUAUCAUUGGUUUUGGUUCUGUUUAUUUUCAUGCUACACUUAGUCUUGUUGGACAAUUAAUUGAUGAAAUAUCAAUUCUUUGGGUACUUACGAUUGGUUAUGCGCUCUUUUUACCCGAAUCUUAUUUACCACACUCAUUUCGUGUUCAACGACAUCGAUUUGUUUACGCUUGUAUUAUUUUUGCUUUGGUUAUUACUUGUUUGUCAAUUGUUCAUCCAUAUGCAAAUGCUUUUGCUCUAAUGAUGCUUGGUUUACCUUCCACAGGCUUUAUCAUUCGUCAUAUUUUACGAUGUGAUAAUUCACGUGUAAAAACUCUUGGUGUUCAUUGUUUUAUUAUAUGGAUUACUGCAUUUAUAGUAUGGAUAUGUGAUCGAAUGUUUUGUUCAUAUUGGUUAUCAAUAUCAUUUCCUUAUUUACAUGCUCUAUGGCAUGUAUUAGUUUUAUUUAGUAGUAAUGAAGGUAUUGUUAUUUGUUGUUAUUUAACCGUAAAACAUCAAAAUCCUCAAGCAAAUCUUCAUUUAUAUUUUUGGCCUAAUGAACAAUGGAAAUGGUUUUCAAUACCAUAUUUAAAAUUUCAUGAUGAUGAUGAUAAUGAUAAUUUUUCAAUAUCAUCAUCGAAUAAUUUAUCAACAAAAUUCUAUGUUUAA